AUGAAUACUUUCUUGUUUUGUUUUGUUCUCGCUGUUGGCUUAGCGGGCCAGGCAGUAACUGGGACUCCACAUCAGCGAAACGAGGCUCCACCAGCAAACGCGAUUCCUGGCGAACCAAUCAAGAAAGUCAUCGAUGACUUGAAAUUAUUGUUUAGUGCUGUAGGAGAACAAGUACAAUCCACAAUGGAUGUAGAAAAAAUGAAAGAUUUUUUCAAAAAACACGAUCACAUAUUUAGUGAGACAACAAAAAACAAGUACAAUAAAGUAGUCGGUGACGUUAAAAACGCUGAAACACAAGCUAACUUAUCGGGUGUUACCUCUGAUUUCAAUCAACUGAUAGCUGCAGCCGGUGACGAUAUAUGUAAAGCUGUUCAAUUGCAUGCAAAAGAUAUUCCCAAUCCCUCUGAAAUCAUUGAGAGUAUCAACAAUUUUGUAAGACAAGUCACUGAGCCUAAACGUAAUUAA